UUGCACCGGAAUAUUUUGACAUACAUUAUUGACAUAUCCACCAAUUCUACUUGAACUUCGCUUUGUGUUUACUUACAUGGAUUAAUUAUUACUUCGAAGCUUCUCAUCGCGUUGUACACGUGAUGAUGUGUUUUUUAUAGUAACAUUUUACCACCCACGUUUUGUAAUUCAAAGUCUACCUAUUUGAAAACAGUCUACUUUCAUUUUACUACACAUACAAGUGUCCCACAGCUGUGCGACACGGAGGGAAAGUAUUUAAAAUACUGUAAAUAGGAUGGAUGGAUGUUUCAUGCAGAUAAUAUUGGUAGUUCAGGGAGAAAGGCGCAAGCGGAGGCGCGACGCGCGGAACGGAGGUGCACAUACGACUGGCGACGCGCGACGACAUGCCGGAGGUGCUCAAGAUGAUUCAGAUUUAGUGCGCGACGGGUUCGAGAGCUCGCCGCCGUGGUUCUUCGUGCUGUUGGCGGUAAGAGAUGAACAGCUGCUGGGGCAGGCGCUCUGCAACUACGCUUACUCUAGCUGGACCGGCCGCUCCUUUUACUUGGAGGACCUGUACGUGUACCCGCACGUGCGUCGACUAGGGGUCGCGCGUCGUCUUCUGCAACACCUUUGCGAGAUGGCGGUGAAGAAGGGAGUGAGCCGCAUAGACUGGCACGUGCUGAAGAACAACGCGCCUGCACUGGCGCUGUACGCGCGCACCGGCGCCCGCGACAUGUGCCUAACUGAGGGUCGCGUCGCCCUGCGCCUUGACGCACCUCGCAUCCAAGCGGUUGCGCAGGGCCAUCUUCUGCCGCCUGCGCCCGCGCAAGUUUGAUUGUAAUUUUUAAUGUUGAUGAAACGUUUUUUGCAAUAACGCAUUUGAUGUUGUCAUUAAUUUACCCUUAACAUUCCUUUCUCUGAUCUAAACAAG